GGAACGAGAAACGAUACCAGCGUUUAAUAUUGUCACUUUCAAACAUAUAUUGUUGUGUGAGUUUAGCAGUGAUAGUAUAGUGCUUUAUAAAAGUUAAAAAAGACACGAAAAAGAACUCGUUUGACAAAACGCUUAAGUUCACAUGACUGUGGACGCAUGCGCAGUCAACCGGUUGUAACUCGAAGUAUUCAAUAAUCUGGGAAGCUGUUGGCGCUGGACACCUCACAGCAAAACGAGCAGAAACUAGUGUGUGCUGUUUUAGAGAACGGGGGGCGUCUUUCUCAGCAGGGUCCAGCGACAGAGCUUGACUGACGAGCAGCAAUGAGCUUCUUCGGGUUUGGUCAAAGUGCGGACAUCGAUAUAGUUCUGAAUGACGCCGAAACGAGAAAGAAAGCCGAGCAUAAGAGCGAAGACGGCAGGAAGGACAAAUAUUUUCUCUUCUACGACGGGGAAACGGUGUCGGGGAAAGUCAACGUUACGCUCAAGUACCCGGGAAAGAGGCUGGAGCACAACGGCAUCAAGAUUGAGUUUAUCGGCCAGAUAGAGCUGUACUAUGACAGAGGAAACCACCACGAGUUUGUGUCUCUUGUGAAAGACUUGGCUCGGCCAGGGGAGCUCACACAGUCACAGACGUUUGACUUUGAGUUCACGCAUGUGGAGAAACCCUACGAGUCUUACACGGGUCAGAACGUCAAAUUACGCUACUUUCUGAGGGCGACAGUAGGCCGGAGACUGAAUGACAUCAGCAAAGAGCUGGACAUUGUGGUUCACACACUCAGCACCUACCCUGAGCUCAACUCCUCCAUCAAGAUGGAAGUGGGGAUCGAGGACUGCCUACACAUUGAGUUUGAGUACAAUAAGUCCAAGUAUCACCUAAAAGAUGUGAUUGUAGGGAAGAUUUACUUUCUGCUGGUGAGGAUUAAGAUCAAACAUAUGGAGAUUGACAUCAUCAAGCGGGAGACUACUGGCACGGGGCCCAACGUCUACCACGAGAACGACACCAUAGCAAAGUAUGAGAUCAUGGAUGGUGCACCAGUCAGAGGAGAGUCUAUCCCCAUCAGGCUGUUUCUAGCAGGCUACGAGAUGACGCCCACCAUGAGGGACAUCAACAAGAAGUUCUCGGUGCGGUACUACCUCAACCUGGUCCUCAUCGAUGAGGAGGAAAGACGCUAUUUCAAACAGCAGGAGAUCACCCUGUGGAGGAAAGGUGACAUAGUGAGGAAGAGUAUGUCUCACCAAGCAGCCAUCGCCUCCCAGCGCUUUGAAGGCUCCUCCAAUCCAGAAAGGUCCCAGGCCCAGAGCAACUCAGAGGACGACAGCUAAAGCUCAUACUCGACCCUUGUGGAGUGAGUGUGUGAGCGAACGCAGUGCAGAAGUUGUCAGCAAAGUCUGAAUGAGAAUAUCCCUUGUUUGCAUCCAGAUAGAAUGUGCUGCAGUAUUUUUCAGGGUGUGUGUGUGUGUGUGUGUGUGUGUGUGUGUGUGUGUGUGUGUGUGUGUGUGUGUGUGUGUGUGUGUGUGAGAGAGAGAGACUGUGUGAGUGUGAGUGAGUGACUGUGUGAGUGAGUGAGUGAGUGAGGCUUUGAAAUGUGACUGUGUGUGUGUCAAGGGAACAAACAGUCGGACCAGGUAGUUGCAAGUAAUUCUGAGUGUUUGUGUGUUUAAAUCACCUUGAAGUACCAGCUGGGUGGAGUUUUCCACAUUAAGACUGAUUAGACAGUGUCAGCAAAUUUCUCUGUCACACAAAACUGCACAAAAUUUAAGUGCUUAACUUAAUUUGUAUUUUAUUAUUUUAUUGUUUUGGCAUUUUUGUACAGUUCAGUGUGGCAAACUCCACCCGUUAGAUGCACUUAAAUAUCAUUUGCAAAUACUGUUUGACCAAUAUCUUGAAUUGUGUGUAUGAAUGUACAGUACGUGGCAGUGAGCCACCUCGGGUGUAUUUCUAAUAAGACCUUUCCUUCAAACUGCUUACUUGGCUGGAAGAUUGUGCUGUGCAGAAACUGUAGUCAUACAGUAUGUUUCUAAGAAGUGGGUAAACAGUAGAUCUCACAGUUCAUUUCUCUACGUCUCCUCAAUGGAAUGUGACAUUAAUUCAUUUAAAUGUUUUUGCUUGUUCAUGUAAAAAAAAAAUUUCAUUUUAUAAAUUAGCCAUGACUCUUAGAUCAGUGGUUCCCAACCUAGGGGUCUGGACCCCCACAAGGGGGCGCCAAAGCCUCACAGAGAGUCGCCAUGCCUUUUUGAUUUUAAGAGUAAGAAAACGUUUAAAACUUACGCAAUAGGCGUCUAUCUCAACACUUUAUUAAUUUAUGUGAAGAUUAGCCAAUUUAAAAAAAAAAAGUAUAAAUGUUUUUAAGUUUAGAUUAUUAUUUAAGAUCUAAACCAAAUAAUGUCCUCCUGCAUUAGAGCUAGUAAAACAAUCAAGUGUGUAAAAAACAUAAUGCAGACAGAGAAUUGUAUAAAAAGUUUCUAAAAAUAUCAGAAAAACUCAUCUCUGUUACUCACAGGAAAUAAUCUGCUCAAAUUUCAUCCAAAUCUCUGGUUUUAAACAAACUUCCUGCAGUUAUUGUGUUCACUAUUUGGGUUCAUUGUACAGUUUGUCAGCUGUUCUCUACUAUUAUACACUGAAUGUGAUAUGAAAUAUCCAUAAAACGUGUCACUAAGUCAGGGGUCGUCAGUUUACUCAGUGGCAGAAAAGGGGCCCCUUAAGGAAAAAGGUUGGGAACCACUGUCUUAAAUAAUAAACAGUACAAGAGUUUAAAAAAUGCUCCAAAUGACAGGAAACACAUUUACGUAUUGGUAUAAGAUGAUGAAUAUUUUCAUACAUUCCCGACUCUCCAGAAAUAGGCAGGACUGUGGCAGAGCAUUUAUUUUUAAAGUAAAGUCCAUUUUUAACCAGCAUUUUACAGGUUUGAUGCAUCCGUUGGUUGUGUCAGGUGGUGUUGCCACUGCUGCUAAAACAAACGUGGCACUUGUGAACGCUGUGGGAUCGUACUUCCAUCACUGUUCCAGUCUCUGAUAGUUUGAAGCCCUGCUUUCUUAUUUGCACUAUGAUCUGCUUUUUCUUCUUGCUUCAUGAACUCACUGGACUUGCGGCAGGGUUCAGGGGCGUACCCGGGCAUCACUUCAAAUCUAAUGUAUAGACAGUAUUACACCUGUGUUUAGUUACAAAGGCGACAUGGAUGCUCGUGAGUCCUGCCUCUUAACAGGCUGCCAGGACUGACUGCCCUGUUUGGUUGGCUAGCUUUGUGCCUAAGGAUUUAUUGCCAAAAUGUUUCAGUGCAAUACUAGAGAACAGUUGCCACAGUGUAAGCCCUUUCUUCCCAUUUAGACUGUGCUCAUCAGUUUAUCCACUUGUCACUUUUCACAAGUUUAAAUAAUGGGUCUAGUCUGAAGGUGGUUUCAAUUAAUGUUAUUGUGAAAAACUGAAUGUAUAAGAAAGGCUGCUUUUAAUUCAAAUUCAGAAUGUCCCAAACUAUAUUUCCUAAAUAAGCAUAAUCAGGUUUUUUUGUUGCUUCUGGUCAGGCAGAGAACGUAAUUGAGUUCUGUGCCAUUACUUCUUUUGUUUUCGUUCCUGUUCUAAACUAUAUUUUCUCCAUCCUGAAAAAAGAGCACACCAGCGAGUACGUGUGAAGCACUGAAACUGAGCCCCAGCACUCAGCCCAUUGUCCUUACAUCGCCCUAGCCUGCAACUCUUUGCUCGGCAAGCUUACGCUGUGCAACCUCGCACAAUCUAUCACUGUGUAUCGUAUUGAAGCUUGAGACAUUUUUGUAUUUUGUACUUUUCCUGGCAGUAAGCUCAAUUUUUAGUAUGCUGUUGUUGCGCUAAAGCAACGCGUCCACCGUCGCCAGACUGCUGUUCAGGUAACUGCUGAAAUACAGGUACGCCGGCCUAGCAUGUGUUGAUCUGAGCCGAUAAGACACUUUUGUUUGGAUUAAUGUAACUUGACUUACGGGUUGACAGAGUUUUCCUUCCUUCAAGAUUCUUCCUUUGGUGUGUUGUUGAUGUUGGUAGAAAUCACUGCCUUGUAGGGCUGCAACUAACUAUUUUUAUCGGUUAAUCUGUCCAUCAUUUCCUCGAUUAAUUUAUUAGUAGUUUGGUCUAGGAAAUGGUUAAACAUGUUGAUCAAGGUGACGUCCUCAAACGUCUUGUUUUGGACUAAAGAAACCAGAAAAUAUUCACAAUUGAGAAACUGAAAUCAGACAACAAUUACUCAAAAUAGUUGCAGAUAAAUAGUUGACAACUGAUCGAUUAAUCGACUAAUUGUUGCAGCUCUACUGCCUUGUAAGCUGAAUGUAUUAGGUACUCGACAUCAUUGUAAUGAGGGCCAGCCCUCAAUGAUUUUGCAAGUUUAAAUAAAGGUAAUAUAUGAAGGGACUGUACCAAAAUGAUUUGAGUGGGGAGGGGGGUGAACCCUAAAUUUGAUUUACAAAAAAAAAAAAAAAAAAAGACCUUCCCCAGGGUUAUAAAUAUUUGUUUUGGAUCCUCCCUUCCCCCUGCAAAAGAACACUCUCCUCUCCUCAUUUCUUUACACACCCCAAAUCACCAAAUUGCACAAUAGGAGCAGAAUUGGUCAUUGCCAAAUUGAUGAUAAACAUAAGAAAUAGUGUGCUCUUUUUACAGUAUAUGUUUUACAGUAUAGUAUUCCAGCCCCUCUCUGUUUUUGAACCAGGAGCUACAAAAUGAACAGCUGUUAGCACUAACGCCGCUGCUGUCGCGUUGUAAGAUUUUUGCUUCACCUGUUGCAGAACAGGUUGGGUUGUGCUGAACUGAGCAUAAUAUUAUAGGUUAACUCUAUAUGAGGCUGUACGUGUAUUUCUGUAGGUGCUUUUAAAGUGAAGGAGACCAUUGGCUAGUGGAAAAAGGUGCACUCUUCACUAUGUGUUCAGUCAGAAUCAGGUUAAGAAGCAGUAAGUAGGUUUUCACAUACAAGGAAUUUGCCUUGGUAGUUUUGCACAACCACAAAUAGUAGAAGAAGAGGGACGAAUGGAAAUCAAGUACUCAAGUCAAGAAUCAUAAAUUGAAAAGAAAAACAUUAAAAUAUGUCAAAUGUAUGUUUUUAAAAUGAAAAGAGUUCAGUGUUUGAAAUGACAAGGAUGGAAUGUGCAAAAUAUAGAUCGAGCACAAGUUGAUGCGCUAGUUCAACUUGAGCGAGACUAACCAUAAACAUCCUCUACACCUUUCUCAAACUCACAACUUGGUCCUUAUUGCUACUAGAAAAUAAAGCCUUGAUGCACAGACAUGAUUGUUGUCCUCUGCAUAUAAUAAAACAUACCUUUAUGAUUCAUGGUGCAUGCAAAAGGCAUGGUUUUGACAUAGUUACUAACUGAUGUAACUAUUCAGCCUUUUUUUCUAAACGGUAAACAUGACAAAAAAGCAUGAAAUGGAAUAUAAAUCUGGGGCUUGGAAAACAACAUCCUGCCCUGCUCUAGCAACAUAUUUCAAAGCACACCUCCCUUCUCUGACCUCCACCACCUAAUCAUUUUCUUACAGUCCCUAACUUCGAUAGAAUGUAUUCUGCAUUAUUUCCCCGCCUAAGUCUGGGUCCUUUAUUUUGGCAGUUACCUCAGUUAAUACAAUAACACUUCACUGAAUUCUGCUGAUGAAAAAAAAAACCAUUCAUGAAGCCCAAAGCAACUUUGGAGUACAGUACAUGUUUCUUUUGUUCUGUUAUGUGGCUGUGAUUAAAUGUUUUGCCAGUACUGGUACAGACACACAGUAGCUAAAGUAACCCAGUUCAGUAACAGAGCAUAAACUGAGAUUAAACGAGGAAGGACUGAUGAAUUGUACAGUGUAAAUGCACAAUGUAAAUGCAUCCCUACUCCUCUUUUGUUUAUGUUCAUGUCAUAUUUUAUCUUCCUGUCUAUAAAUGUUGAUUUUAAUCAUUUUAUAUUCUGUUUUACUUUGAAUUAAAAGGGAGUAACUGAAAA